AUGGAACUGCAAAAGGUGGUGCACCUAAAGCUAGAGUUGCUGCAAAAGGUGGUGCACCUAAAGCUAGAGUUGUGGGGGAAUAAUAAUACAAGUAUUCACAACUCUCCCCGAGAUUAUGAAGGGCAUGGAACACACACACUGUCAACCGCCGCUGGUAACUUUGUUCCCAACGCAAGUGUAAUAGGUGUCUACAAUGGAACUGCAAAAGGUGGUGCACCUAAAGCUAGAGUUACUGCUUAUAAGGUAUGUUGGCCAGCAAAACAAGGAGGAGGAUGUUUUGACGCUGAUAUUCUUAAAGCAUUCGAUCACGCCAUAGACGACGGCGUUGACGUGAUCUCCGCCUCUGUAGGCGGAAAACCACGUCCAUAUUUCAAGGACGCGGCGGCAAUUGGGGCAUUUCAUGCCAUGAAAGAAGGCAUUGUAGUGGUGACUUCUGCUGGAAACUCAGGACCUAAUCUUGCAACUGGAACGAGCAUUUCUUAUCCAUUACCAGAGGAAAAAUUGUAUCCACUUAUUAGUGCGGAGCAAGCUAAAGCUGCAAAUGCAACGGUUGAAGAUGCUAAGCUUUGUAAGCAAGCAACACUGGAUGGUACUAAGGUGAAAGGGAAGAUAUUGGUUUGUUUAAGGGGGGGUAACACUAGAGUAGACGAAGGGCAACAAGCUGUUUUGGCAGGUGCUGUUGGAAUGAUACUUUGCAAUGACCAAAUGAGUGGCAAUGACAUCAUCGCUGACGUUCAUCUCCUCCCAGUUUCCCACGUCUCUUACAACGACGGUCUUGCCAUUUUCAACUACAUCAAGUCUACCAACAAUCCAAUGGGUUCGAUUACUGCACCAAAAGCAACAUUAGGUAUCAAACCUGCUCCAACUAUGGCUGCUUUUUCAUCUAGAGGUCCUAAUUUGAUCACACCUGCAAUUCACAAGCCUGAUAUCACUGCACCUGGAGUGAAUAUUAUAGCUGCCUAUACAGAAGGAAAUAGCCCCUCAAACGAAGUAUUUGAUAAUCGUCGAACAGCUUUCAAUGUAAUGUCUGGAACAUCCAUGUCUUGUCCUCAUGUUUCUGGGGUUGUUGGACUUCUCAAAGCUAUACAUCCAGACUGGAGUCCUGCUGCCAUUCGAUCUGCCCUCAUGUCUACUGCAAAUCCAAUAGAUAAUACAGGAAAACCAUUGCUUGAUGCCACCAAGGAAGCUGCAACACCAUUUGCAUCUGGAAGUGGACAUAUUAGACCAAAUCUUGCUGCAGAUCCUGGACUAAUAUAUGACUUAGGAGUAAAUGAUUAUUUGAACUUUUUAUGUGCAUCUGGCUAUGAUAGUCAAGUCAUUCACACAUUCAACAAGGCCCCUUAUAUAUGUCCAACACAUAAGUAAUUCAAGUCUUUUAGACUUGAAUUAUCCUUCUAUAACAGUUCCAGCUCUUUCCGGCGACUUAACCUUGGCUCGUAUGCUAACAAAUGUCGGUUCACCGGGUACUUACACCGCUCGUGUUGGUCAGCCUCCGGGAAUUUCAGUAGUUGUGGAACCAAAUGUGUUGAUAUUCAAGAACCAAGGUCAGGCAGAGACGUUUAGUUUGCAUAUUAAAGCUGUGAAUACUACUUAUUUUGCUGGGGUGGAUCAACGCAAAUAUGGGGAGCUGGUAUGGUCAGAUGGUACUCAUACUGUGAGAAGUCCAAUUACUGUGGAAAUUGCACAUUGAAAUUAUACAUCAUGCUUUGAUUAUAGCUUAGCUAAGCAACAACAAGCUUUUUGUACUAGAACGAUUUCAUAGUUGAUUAGUCUUUUUGUGAAAAAGUGUAUGGUGAAUGAACGUCACCCUCUCACUUAGGUAGGUCUCUGAAUCAAAAAAUACAGAAGAAAAAAUUAGGUCUAUUAGAUACAACUUGAAGAUUCCAUAUUCGAAGACUGCCAGGUAAUUCAACCCCACCAUCUAUGCUUUGGGGGUUAUAGUAGGUUG